UUGCGUAGCUCACAUUCAAUUUGAAAUUUUUCGGCGUUAAAAUGUCUUCAAGAUUUUUUUACAUUAAUUUAAUUUUGUGUUCUUUCGUUGUAUUUUUUACGGUGAAUUGUGAACAACUAAAUGAUUUGUUUUAUAAGACUGUUGAAACCGAAAAUGGUGCAGUGCGUGGACUUGUGAAAAAGACAUUAUUGCACCAAAAGCCAUAUUAUUCAUACCGAGGCAUUCCAUUUGCAAAGCCGCCACUUGGAGAGCUUCGAUUCAAAGCACCAGAACCGGCCGAACCGUGGACCCCAAACACUUUUGAUGCAUUUGAAUAUGGAAAGUCAUGCAGUCAAUUGUUUUAUCCAGGAGUUCAUCUAGAUAUCAGUGAAAAUUGCCUGUUUGUCAAUGUGUUUGUUCCAGCAAUAAAUUCUUCAAACAAGUUGCCGGUGAUGUUGUACAUAUUUGGUGGGGCUUUCAAUGGUUUCAGUGGGAGUGACUUUCUUUUGGGUCCCGAUUUUUUGGUCGAACGUGACAUGAUCUUAGUAACUUUCAAUCAUCGAGUCGGUGCAUUUGGUUUUAUGUCAUUGGGUACACCGGAAUAUUCGGGGAAUAUGGGAUUGAAAGACCAAUUGUUGGCUAUGAAAUGGGUCUAUGAAAAUAUCGAUCAUUUCGGUGGAGAUAAAGAUAAAAUCACGCUCGUUGGACAUAGCUCAGGUGGUGCAUCAGUUACCUUUCAUAUGCUCAAUGAUGAAUCCAAAAAAUACUACCAACAAGCAAUGGCAAUGAGCGGAGUAGCACAAAUUUCACACCAAUAUUUGGCGGGAAAUCAUCGUUGUGUGAUGAAUUUAUUUGCCAAAAAGUACAGCAAAUGGAUUGGAGAUAGCCUGGAUGACUUAAUUGAAUUAUUGAAAAAUGUGCCAGAGCAUGAAAUAUUGGAAUUUGCCAACGAAAUUGAGACUCAUCCCCAUGACAAAUUGGAAUUUGAAGUGGUACCCACUUUUAAUAGAUUGUGGUGGCCAAUAAUUGAAAGUGAUAAUGCGAUUCGACCAUUUUUGCAAGAAGAUCCCGCCACAAAGCUUGAAAAUAUCGACAGUUUUAAUAUCACUUCAUAUUUUACAUUCACAAAUAGAGAAAUGUUGGGAGUUGUACCACCAGAUUAUGCCGAUGCUGAAGUUAUGGAUGCGUAUCUUAAAGAUUUUCGAAUAAAAUUACCAAUUUUUGGAUAUGAUUUGUCGAUUGCGAGAAAGCCAUAUCUCAAGGACGUAUUGCAGAAAUUUCAUGAUUUUUUCUUUGCAAAUGCGAAAACCAAUUAUGAACGAGCAGAUCAACGUCUAUUAAUUGAUUCAGAUUUUUCGUUUACAUAUUUCAUUGAAAAAUGGUUGCGAAAACAAGCGUCUGUCUCAGACAAGAAAAUAUUCUACCAUCAAUAUUCUGCAGAUUCAACGUUAAAUGCACGCAAGCCCAUUUCAUUGCCAGGAAGCGCUCAUGCAGACGAAAUUUGCUACAUAUUCAGGUGCCGCGAUCAUUUGUCUAAUUAUAAAAAAAUGUUAAAAAACAAAUACAUGGACGAAGAGAGUGCUCUUAACUAUAGACUCAUUGAUGUAUUGACCACACUAAUAUCGAAUUUUGUAAAAUAUGGAGAACCAGCAAUAAAUGGAAUUCCAAUUGAAGAUUUUGGACCAAUACAAUUGGAAGACAUACAUUUUUUGAAUAUCACCAAUGAUGGAUUGUUUAUGGCUAAAUCUCCAAAUGAAAGAAGAAUCGAUUUUUAUGACAACUUUAUAGCCGAGGUCAAAGAAUUGGUUGAAGCUAAUGGAGAUACACCGAAACAAACAAUAAUUGAACAAUUUUGUGACAGCUUUCAAAGUAAUCAUGAUCAAUACUGUUCCUUGGACUCCGAUCCAAAUGGUGUAUGCAGUUAAAAUAGGCAAUAAUAUAAUUACUUAGAGGUUCUACUAGACGUAGGUUUAAUUGAUUGAUGUUUUGAUAAAAUAUUGAGCAAUGCCAUUGAAGUGGUUAAGCCAUAUCAACCAGUAGCACUGGCCCAGUACCCUAAAUUUGUGAAUCUUAAACAAUCAAAUCUGAAUACUUUUUGAGAAAAAAAACGAUACGAGACUAUUAUCGUGAUAUCACUUUCGUAUCAAACGCCUCAUUUUGUUCAUAUUAAGACGAUAAACUUCAAAAUGCAUUUUAUUAAUAUUAGUAGAUGCAUUAAAAAGUCUGUCAAUUUGAAACUAUUUUUAUAAACUACGAAUACGAAUACAA